AGUUCUCUUUCCCAUCUUGCAAGAUGGCGGGUGAAAAGAAAACCGAGAAGCCGAAUACUAAGGAGAAGAAACCUGACACUAAGGAAAAAAAACCUGAAGCCAAGAAGGCUGAUGCAGGCGGCAAGGUUAAGAAGGGUAACCGUAAGGCCAAGACCCCUAAGAAGGGGAAGCCCCACUGCAGCCGCAACCCGGUCCUGGUCCGAGGAAUCGGCAGAUAUUCCCGGUCGGCGAUGUACUCCCGAAAGGCCAUGUACAAGAGGAAGUACUCAGCUGCUAAAUCCAGGAUUGAAAAGAAAAAAGAGAAAGUUCUUGCUACUGUCACAAAACCAGUUGGUGGGGACAAGAAUGGUGGUACCCGAGUGGUCAAACUUCGCAAAAUGCCUAGGUAUUAUCCUACUGAAGACGUGCCUCGAAAGCUGUUGAGCCACGGCAAGAAACCCUUCAGCCAGCAUGUGAGGAAACUGCGGGCCAGCAUCACUCCCGGGACCGUUCUUAUCAUCCUCACCGGGCGCCACAGAGGCAAGAGGGUGGUUUUCCUGAAGCAGCUGAGCAGUGGUUUGCUACUUGUAACUGGACCCUUGUCCCUUAAUCGAGUUCCUCUGCGGAGAACACACCAAAAAUUUGUCAUCGCCACCUCCACCAAAAUUGACAUCAGUGGCGUGAAGAUCCCCAAGCAUCUCACUGAUGCUUACUUCAAGAAGAAGAAGCUGCGCAAACCCCGGCACCAGGAGGGUGAGAUCUUCGACACAGAGAAAGAGAAAUACGAGAUUACGGAGCAGCGCAAGGUUGACCAGAAAGCCGUGGACUCGCAGCUUCUGCCUAAAAUCAAAGCUGUCCCUCAGCUCCAGGGCUACCUCCGCUCUUUGUUUGCUCUCACCAAUGGAAUUUAUCCUCACAAACUGGUAUUCUAAAUUUCUUACGAAGAACCCGAUUAAACAACUGAUCUGUUUCCUUUGUGUCUUUUUAA